UUUUUCCAGCUCUAACAGUUGAGAAACCAUUUGGGAAAUUGUCGCUUGUUUUGCCGUGCUUUUUGUUUAAACAUUGCGUUGUGUUUUUUGUUUAUCGCGCCCCGUGUUGAACUGAAGCGCCCAUCCAAUUGGAUUGGUCAAGCGCGACAAGUGUGACAAGCAGCGGAGAAAAUCGCCAUGAAACAGAUAUUAAUUCGACAAUUGUUAACCUAGUUUCACAUCUCAAAAAUAAAUCCAACAACAAGGACGUGCUCAGAGCAGCGGUGGCUCCUCUGGCAUUGAUUACGCACGGUUCUACUAAAAUUUAAAGAAAAAAACUACCAAGGACUCGAGGGAGAGACUCGCCGCGGGCAGAGGAAGCAACCAAUCCCCACACUUUUCGGUUCUCCUCGGACUAGGAUCAUCGACCCCCCCCUCCCUUCCCGACCCCGGCACCGUUUCCCCGUAGAACCAUCCACUCUGCCACGCUGCCACUCUGUCCACUCCGUCACUCCCUGCACCCAACUACAACAACUAUUUGGCAAACUAUUCCUCCUUGGCCAGAGCAUUUUUGUGAGGGAGCACCAUCGCAUAACUGAGGAUAGAGCAGCCGGAGCACGAGGACGACUCAUGUUACAAAAAUGAAAAAGUUCACAUUCAAAGGAGUUCUAGAUGGAUUUCGACAAAGCGUUCAGCCCCAAGCCACACGACAGGAGCAGGAGAUCCAGGAGCAACUCAAGGCCGACCAUUUUACGUUAAAGAAAACCUUUCGCCAUGGCUUUCCAUACUCGCCCACAUCCUUUGCCUUCGAUCCUGUACAAAAGCUACUAGCGAUUGGCGACAAAUCGGGCUACAUUCGCAUUUUGGGACGACCUGGCGUCGAUGCCCAUGCCAAACACGAGGGCGAAUCCGAGUGCGCCGUGCUCUUUGCCCAGUUCCUGGUCAACGAGGGCGCCUUGGUCACCGUCACCGCCGAUGACACCAUUCACUUGUGGAGUAUUCGCCAAAAGACACCGCUUAUUGUGCAGAGUCUGAAAUUUCAGAGGGAGCGCGUGACUUGCAUACACCUGCCCGUGGGCAGCAAAUGGCUGUACGUGGGCACCGAGAAGGGAAACAUACACGUUGUUCACAUAGAUACAUUUGCACUUAGUGGUUAUAUUAUUAACUGGAAUAAAGCAAUUGAAGUGGUUAGAACUAGUCAUCCAGGUGCUGUGAUUGCGUUAUGUGAUAAUCCAUUGGAUGCAAACAAGUUGCUUAUUGCAUUUGAGUGCGGGCUGCUUGUUUUGUGGGAUCUGAAGGCGAAAUGCGCUGAGUUGCGAUGGCAGGCUGCCGAGGCCGUCAAGUCCCUGGCCUGGCACUACGAGGGCAAGUACUUUGUGUCCUCGCACACGGAUGGCUCCAUUUGCUCCUGGCCCACGAAGCCCCAGGCUAAGCCGCAGUCACAGGUCUGUCCGCAUGCUAAAAUCAACAAGGAUGGCAAUGCGGAGAAAUGCAAACCGAUUUAUAAAGUUGACUUGAAGUCCAGCGCGACUGGGGAAACCUUUACCAUUUUCUCGGGCGGCAUGCCCUCGGAAAAGGGCUCCAAGUCCAACUGCAUCACGGUGAUGGUGGGCAAGUCCACUACGGUGCUGGAAAUGGAGCACGCUGUAUGCGAUUUCAUAACACUCUGCGAAAAUCCCUGGCCCUGCGAGACCCAGGAGCCGUAUGCUAUUGCCGUGCUGCUGCAAUACGACUUAGUAUUAAUAGACUUAUUAACACCCGGUUUUCCAUGUUUUGAAUCGCCUUAUCCAAUGGACUUACACGAAUCACCUGUUACAUGUUGCACAUAUUUAACCGAUUGCCCAUCGGAUUUGGUUCCUGCUUUCUAUUCAGUUGGUCGCACAACGACAAGUAAAAAGAGCUGCUUCUCGGAGCGCGAAUGGCCGAUAUCCGGUGGCGAGUGGUCGCCGGCGUCGUGCAGCUAUUCGGAGAUCGUGAUCACCGGACACCAGGACGGCAGCCUCAAGUUCUGGGACUCCGGUGCAGGCACGCUACAGAUCCUCUAUAAGCUGAAGACGGCCAAGAUGUUCGAGAAGCCGCGCUCCCACGUCGCCCACUCGCAUCCGGAGAGCGACAAUCCGCUGGCGGUGCACCUCAUCUUCCUUUGCUCGGAGUCGCGACGCCUCUGUGUGGCCGGCGCCAUGGGACAGGUGAUGCUCUUCAAGUUCCGCAAGAUGGAGUCUACGUCCGAGGUACUGGUCCUUGAGAUACCCAUACUCUAUGAGAAUUUUGAUGACAUCUAUGGGACGAGUCCCGAAUGCGAUUUUCUAACGGGCCAUCAAGUGCAGAAGGCGGAGUCUAGUGAUUCGGAUAAGACAACCGAGUGUUCGCUGAAGGUGCGCUUUGGGGCGCAGCGCAAGCCGCCGGGCUUCCAGUCGCAGCUGGUCUGCCUCACCACCGGACCCAAUCGCCGGAACGUGCAGGUCACCUCGCUGUGCAUCAGCUCCAGUUACGGCCUAAUGGCUUAUGGUACCGAAUAUGGACUUGUCAUAAUUGAUAUAAUCCAAAAAAUUUGCCUAUUGAGUGUUGCAUGCCCCGAUCUGUAUGGCGCACAUGAUCCUUACUCGCGAACACCAAAAAGUCCAAAACGCAUUGAGAACAAAGAGGAGCAAAGCCGAUCGCCCAGCUCAGAUCAGAUCAACGGCAGCGGAGUUGCAACUGCAACACCGCAGCAGCAGCAGCAACAGCAGCAGGUAUCGCAGCAGCAGCAGCAACAACAACAGUUGCAGUUACAGCAGCAACAGCAGCAGCUACAGCAGCAACAAUCCAUGGGUGGUGGCCCUGAUUCUGGUGAUCAUGCAACAUCGUCGUCAGCGGCAGCGGCAGCAGCGGCAACAGCAACAUUGGGAUCCUCCGGGAUUUACGGUGCAGACGAUGCAGGUGCGGGUGUUGCUAGUGGCGGUGUCGGUGUUGGUGUUGGUGGUAUUAGCAGUGCGAUUAGCGGUGGAUUUGGUGGUGCGGCUGAGCCGCAACAGCAGCAACAGGUGCCGCAACAGUUGCAGCAGCAGCUACUACAGCAGCAAUCGCAACAGCAGCAAUCUUUUGAGGCGUCUUGUGAUCCAUGGGGCGGCGAGUGCGGUGGUGGUGCUAGCGGUGCUAUUGGUACUAUCGGUGCUGGCGGCGGCGGCGGUGGUGCAAGCGGUGGUGGUGGUGCUAGCGGUGCAGGUGCGCAACAACAUCAAUAUCAGCAUCCGCAUCCGUAUCCGCAUCCGCAUCCGUAUCCGCAUCAAACAUCCGUUAUACAGCAACAGCAGUCAGUGACAUCGUACGAGUCCCUAAAAAAGUCCAAAUCACAAGGUGGGAGCACAACAGAGCACUACAGAAAAAACAACAAAAGCUAACAGCAAACCACUACAACAACAAUUAACUGCAAAGAAUACAAGCAACAACUACUACAGCAACCAAAAAAAAAUACCAAACAGCAACCAAUAACAACCAACAAAGAAAACAGAUUGCACCUCUAGUCAUGAAGAACAAGUUCCAUUUUUUUAAGUGUACCACACACACACAGACACAUUCUAUAUACAGUUGAACUUCUCUAUUGCAACCCUCUCGUAAAGUUUUCAAAGCAACACGUAUUAUUGACAAUGUAGUAUGAAAAUGCGGGUCCUAGACAAUUUCUCGAAUUUUCUUGAAAGGACUUAAGCUGGUAGUAAACGGUGAAGCGGCAGCCUUGCGAAAUAAUAAUAGAAGUUCGACUGUAUCGCUGACUCUCUCUCCUCUCUCUUUGCACACACACACCGCAUACGCACACAUCCAAGCACACGCACACACACACACGUAAAUAUGGACAGCAGACGAUGCACGUUGCUUGUGGCCCCGCCCCCUUUCUCUGUAUGUGUGCGUGUCUGUCUGGGUAAUUUGGUGUGUGUGUAUUGAAUUUGGAAUUUUUUGAAAUUUUCGGUAUAUUUUGAUUUGAUUUCUUUUGUGUUUUUUCGGUCAUUUGUUUUUUUUGGGGUUUUUGAGGGGGGGGGCGAUGGCUGGAGCUGUCUGUCUUUUUCUCGCUCGUUCGCUCGCUCGCUCGCUCUCUCUCUUUCUCUGUCUCUCUCUAGCCCUAGAAAACAAUUUAGUUAUAACAGUGCAUAUGAAUAUGUUCUCUCAAUCUGUCUCGCUCGCUCGUUCGCUCUCUGCUCGCUGUCUCUUUUUCUAUACUCUUACUUUCUCUCUCUUUCCUCUACCUCUUUGCUACUGUCUCCCACUAUAUCUGCCUCUUUCGCUCUGUGUCUCUAUCUCUCUCUCUCUCUCUCUCGGUAUUUGAAUUUGCAUUUGGCACGCUUUGAAUCAGAAAAAUGAACGGUAAAACCGAAUAACUAAACCAAGAAUUAGACUAACCGGAUUUCUAUACAAACAUAGAUACAUAUGGAAAAGAGUACAACAAGAUCUGAUUUUUAAUUGGCAAAAACUAAACUGCAUACUGUUACAAGCACACACACAUACAUACACCCAUACAAACGCCUAGCUGAGCACACAUGCAAGCAAAGUUUCACUCGUCCUUUUUUCGUGAGUUUUUUUCGUUAUCUAGUCAGACGCCUGCAGCUUUCUAAAUUGCACCACAGCAAAAAAAGGAUCAAUAGAAAAGUCAAUUAAAAGAAUGUAAAAAAUAAUAGUCGCUCGCAGGUGUUAAAACUGGAGAACAAGGUUGCGAGUCUCAGUUAUAUAAAAACUAAAUUAUUUGCCUAUAUGAAAAUAAAAAAUGUAUAGUAUUAUUGGCCAUACGGUCACAUUAAAAUAUUCAAAUCCUUUUUAAAACACUUGAAAGCACUGGAUUUAAUUCUUUUCAACAACUAUAAAUAAAUCUAUUUAUUGUUAAAACAAAUUCACCUACUAAUUAAAUUAUAAAUGAAAAUUAUUUACAUAUGUAUAAACUUUUGACAAUGAACUUCAUUUUUGUAUUAACUUAAACAUGGAUUUUGAAGCUGUUGUGCUAUAAUUAACAUUCCGCAAAAACACAAAAAUGUAUUAAAACAAAUUCUAAUCUUUUAUGAUUUGUAAACUUUUUAAAGUUAGUCGACUGUUUUAUUAUUAUUUUCAUAAACAAUGAGUUUGCUUCAUAAAAUUAGCUUUAUGAAAAACAUGAUCCGCUUUUCCAAAGCCAUUUGGUAAUCGAACAUAAUAAUAUUUUAGUCAUGCGAGCGGCUGAUGCAAACACUAAAAAAAAAACAAACACACAUACACAUGCAAAUCACACAUAGAGCAACUACCAAUAAUUAGGCAGCCUAGCGGUAAAUAUAGUGUUGUGCAGCGCAAAAACAACAUAGUGCAAAAAUCGCAAUUAAAAUAACUUAAUUAGAAAACAAAGCAAAAAUUCAAUCAAAUAUUUAAGCAAAAGUUUUGCCUACUACCGCCCGCCGCUUUUACUCUCUCUCUCUAUCUAUCUCUCUUUAUCACUCUAUCUCUCUCUAUUUCUAUAUCCGCCUGUCUCUGUUUCACAAUAUUUUUAAAAAUAUCUAACGAUUUUGAUGUAACUCGCGUUUAUUUAUCUCUCUCUUUCUCCUAUCUGUAUGCCAUCCACAAAAAAAAAACAAUUUCUGAUCCCCAAAACCAAACCCGAAUAAAUUACAGAUAAAUUGGAUGGAACUUUCUCAAGAU